GGCCUCAAAGUCUGAUUUCUGCAGUGGCCUGACAAUUUCCUGAUCCCAGCAGCUAAAAAGCUCCCAUCGCGAAGCUCCCCCUCAAAAAUUCCAGAGCUCAUCUCGUCAGCACUAUGCCACCACCACGGCGUCCCAUCCCCUUCACCUGCCUCCAAUGCCGUCUCCGACUCCUCCCACAGCUUCUGCGAAGCUCUUUUCAUACCACACGGCCUCUGCAGGCUGAACCUCCACGCCCUUCCACCGCACCCAAAAUCUCCGUCGAUAUAAAGCACAUCCGCCAGAAUGCUGCAUUAUACGAACAAAACUGCUUGGACCGGAACUAUAAAACCCAAUCGACAUAUCCUACGCGUAUAAACUCUCUAUAUGAGCAAUGGCACAAUCACCAAGCGUCUGCGAGAGCGUUGCGGGAACGUAACAAUAGGUUAAAGCUCCAGCUCGCAAACCCGACUACAUUACGGGAUGAAGAUUCCGUGGAAGCGAAGGGGUUAAGGCAGAUGAGCAAGCAGGAAUUGAUUGAUGAAGCUAGGACGCUGAAAGAGAAGAUCGGUGGGAUAGAGGACCAGGAACAUACGAUCAUGGCAGAUAUUGAGAGUCUCGCUGCAUCGAUACCGAAUUUGACGUCUGACGAGACGCCCAGAGGGACUGAACCCAAGGUUGUGGGUUUUAUAAAUUCGCAUCCGGAGCCUGAUCCUUCGUCCUCUGAUCGAGUGUGGAGGAGUCAUGUUCAUAUUGGUUCUGAGCUGAAUCUUUUGGAUUUCGCAGGCGCUGCUACGACGAGUGGAUGGGGAUGGUAUUCCCUGUUGAACGAAGCUGCGAUGCUGGAACAAGCUCUAGUACAAUACGCGCUGAGUGUGGCUCGGAAGAAGGGAUGGGGAAUGGUCACGCCGCCGAGUAUGGUGUACAGUCACAUAGCAGCAGCAUGUGGCUUUCAACCUCGAGAUCAAAAUGGAGAGCAGCAGAUCUACAACAUCCAGCAAAAUCCAGCCGAUGUUGGGAGGAAACCGGAAUUAAGUCUGGCAGGAACAGCAGAGAUCCCCUUAGCUGGCAUGAAAGCAAACACCACAUUAGAAGAGGCAGAUCUACCUCUGAAGCGUGUUGGUGUUUCGCGGUGCUAUCGUGCGGAAGCUGGUGCAAGGGGUGUGGAUACGAAAGGUCUAUACCGAGUCCACGAAUUCACAAAGGUGGAGAUGUUUGCCUGGACCAUGCCAUCGAGCGAAGCUUCAACGGCAGUAUUCGAAGAAAUGGUAUCCAUCCAGACAGAGAUCCUGACAGCACUAGGUCUCCAUUGCAGAAUCAUCGAAAUGCCUUCCACGGACUUAGGGGCUUCGGCAACGCGAAAACGGGACAUUGAAGCUUUCUUCCCUUCACGAAGGGCAAAAGAUGAGGGGUGGGGAGAAGUCACUUCUGUCAGUACUUGUACAGACUAUCAAUCACGGAGAUUGGCUACGAAAGUAGAUGUUAGGAGCAUGGGAGGAAAGACCGCGUUUCCCUAUACUGUGAACGGAACUGCACUUGCAGUGCCUAGAGUACUAGCUGCCAUGCUUGAAAAUGGUUGGAAUGAGAGCAGGCUUGAGGUCAGGAUACCAGAAGUUUUGUGGCCGUGGAUGGAUGGCCUGAAAGUUAUCAAGCAGAAGGAAAGGCUACGGUAAAAUAUAGGUGUAGUAGAAUGUACAACUUUAUGUCCCAACAUAAUCUUAACUUAUGUGCCAAAGUCAUUCUUGGUUGUUUCGCCCGCAAUUUAUACCGCUCUUAAGGUUGUUUUGUUGCACAUCGCAGACGGACCACGAGGCGUAAUCGACAACGAGGAGUAGACGAAUACGACUCCUCGACGGCUACGACUCCUAGACGACUAUGACUAUACAUGGACUACAGACAAGCUAUAGAUAGGCCAUAGAC